CCUUCAUACGCGCCGGGAAGCAACUCGGAAACGGACCAAGAUGGCGGCGCCCACUGAGGGGCCAACGUUUGCCGCGGGGGUCGAAAAGAAUUGUAGUGCGGUUGUUCGCUCCCCAGAAGAGACUCCCCAGAAAGUCCGACAGCUGAUAGAUGAGGGGAUUGCCCCGGAAGAGGGAGGCGCCGAAGUGAAGGACACAUCUGCCACACUCCAGUCAGUUAAUGGAUCACCGCGAGCAGAAGAACCUCCAUUGGAAUCUAGAAGCAAAGAAGCCUUCUUUAGCAGAGUGGAAACCUUUUCUUCUUUGAAAUGGGCAGGAAAGCCCCCUGAGCUGUCUCCACUGGUCUGUGCAAAAUAUGGCUGGGUCACAGUUGAAUGUGAUAUGCUGAAGUGCUCCAGCUGUCAAGCUUUUCUCUGUGCCACUUUACAACCAGCUUUUGAUUUUGACAGAUAUAAGGAACGAUGUGCUGAGCUGAAGAAAGCCUUGUGUACUGCCCAUGAGAAGUUCUGUUUCUGGCCAGACAGCCCCUCUCCAGAUCGAUUUGGGAUGUUGCCAUUGGAUGAACCUGCGGUUCUUGUUAGUGAAUUCCUAGAUCGUUUUCAAAGCCUUUGUCACUUGGACUUCCAGCUUCCUUCCCUGAGGCCAGAGGACUUAAAAACUAUGUGCUUGACAGAAGACAAGAUCAGUCUUCUCCUGAACCUGCUUGAAGAUGAACUUGAUCACAGAACUGAUGAGAGAAAAACUGCAACCAAACUAGGUUCAGACAUCAUCCAAAUCCAUGUCACUGCCUGUAUUCUCUCCAUGUGUGGCUGGGCGUGUAGUUCUUCGCUGGAACCCAUGCAGCUCUCCCUGAUAACAUGUUCACAGUGUAUGAGGAAGGUGGGGCUCUGGGGCUUCCAGCAGAUCGAGUCAUCCAUGACCGACCUGGAUGCAUCCUUUGGUCUGACCAGCUCCCCCAUCCCAGGCUCUGAGUGCCAGCCAGAGCGCUUCUCUCUGGUGCCUGAGUCUCCUCGGAGGAUGAUGACUCGGAGCCAGGAUGCCACGUUUUCCCCAGGAUCAGAGCAGGGUACUUCCAUCAUCUCCCCUUUCCUUCAGGCUGAAAGGAGCCCAGGUCCCAUUGUCUCUAGAACUCGAAGCUUGGACUCUUCCAGUCCUGUUGACCGUCCUGAGCCAGAGGCCGCUAGCCCCACCCCCAGAACCCGCCCAGUGACACGAAGCAUGGGAACAGGAGACGCCACUGGCCUAGAAGUGCCAUCUAGUCCUCUUCGGAGAGCCAAGCGGGCUCGCCUCUGCUCUUCCAGCAGCUCGGACACAUCUUCCCGAAGCUUCUUUGAUCCCACUUCUCAGCAUAGAGACUGGUGUCCUUGGGUGAAUAUCACAUUUGGAAAAGAAACCAGGGAGAAUGGUGGAACUGAGGUAGAUGCCAGCACCCCGGCAGAGCCAGGCUGGAAGGCAGUGCUGAACAUCCUCUUGGCCCACAAAGAGUCUAACCAGCCAACUGAAACCGACUCCAUGAGUCUCUCUGAGAAAUCAAGGAAGAUGUUCCGAAUAUUCCGGCAGUGGGAAUCUUUAUCCUCAUCCUGAAGAUAUUCCAGCCCUUCCUGCAGAGAAGUGGAAUGAGUGGCUUUGAAAAAUGAAGCCUGAAUUCCCUUUUGAGCAGCUGAUGCUAAGUUUUUCUCCAUUCUGGUUUAAUCAUAAGGAGCCCCUGCCCUUGCAAAGGCAUGUAUGUCAUCAUCUGCAUCUGACUGAGGGGAAAACCUGUUUGCAACACAGGGAUGUGGGCUGGGAGAGGUAGGGCGACCCUGGCUCUGUUCAAGGAGUGCGUGGUUCCAAAACUCAACUGAGGACCCAGGACUUGAGCAUUUUUAGUGUCUUUAGUGGGGGCAGUGUUUUGAGGACUCUUAUAUCCCAGGAAUACAUCAGUAUGUGUUAAUAAAAUAUUUGUUAAGAUUCUCACAGCUGGAGAACUGUUUUCCUCCUUGUCUAAUGGGCUGACAUAAAGGAAGCUGAGACUGAGAAAACUACAGUGGAGCAGUAAACAAAGGCAAAAUUUCAGUUUUCAGAUUGGCUGCAAAGCCUGGAAUUUAUUUGUGAUUCUAGUCGAAGAAGUAUUCCUAAACCAGAGGCAAGACGUUGUUCAUUAUAUCACCAGGAGAUCUCUUGAUGUGUUAUAGUGAAUGGUAAGCUGAUAAUUUUCUCUCUUCACUUUGAUAAUAACAGAAUAAGAGACUCUUCAGAAGAGACCCCUCUCCAUGUGCCUUCUAAUGCAAGGCUCCCCUGAGUGGGGCUCCCCAAGGCUCUUUCACUGCUGGUGGAGAGCAUUGGUGUCCAUGGUGGAGAAGCUGACCCUGACCUGCCCCAACUGAAUAGACUACCCAUUGAGAAAGUGAGCAUGAAGGAAACUAGCUAUUCUCCAGAAUGUUGUACUUUCUUUUAGUGACUGUGGUUGGUUGGUUUUAUAACUUCUUUUAUACUGAAGUAUUUUAAAGAACAUAGGUAAUAUAAUAUUCCACCCAUGCUAAACUUUAGGUUAUAUCUCUAAAAAACAGACCAUUUUUUCUAUGUACUACAGCCAACAAAAAUUAAUAAUCCCUUAAUAUCAUCUAAUACCCAGUCCAUA